AUGUCCUCACCGCAGAAAGUUUCUGCCACCUCACCUGCGCAGAAAAUUUCUGCUACCUCAGCUUCGAGCUAUGAGCCUCCCCUACCCCAAGAGGCAAGAGCUCGCACAUCACCUAUGCCCGUGGAACUUGCGGAAAAAUGCCAGGCUCUCGUCUCCCAUUCUAUAAAGCUAGACAUGGGUGAAACUUUCGACGAACAGCUGCACGCGUGGUUUCCCGAUACCCAAGGUAAAGACGAUUUCUACAGGUGGAUGUACGGCCGCCACGAGCGGACGAAGAAGCAAUGCGAAACCCCCGCUUCUCCCCAAGAAUUCGUUGCCCACGUCGAUGGCAUGAAUUUCCACAAUAUGCAGGAUGCCGACUUGCUCAUCGACUGGCAAAUCCGCGACGUGCGACCCUGGCUGCCGCUCGGCCGCACCAGCGACGGCACCGGCUAUCGCCUCCUCCCCAAAGCCUACGGCCUGCUGCCCCACGAUCAACUCUUCAACGCAGAGUCUACUCCCUACGAGCUUCUCCCGCCCUGCUUCCUUGGCGUCAAUCUUACCGUUCAGCCACGCGAGCCGUCACGCCCCGCCAACCGCCGCGAGGCCAACCUCUCCGAGGAGUCCACCCGCACCGCCGAGUCCGACGACAAUCCACCAGGAUUCGAGUUCCAACAGCUAGGGGAGCUGCAGUACUACGUCGCGGCCCUUCCAGACACAAUUGAAGAUGCCGCCGAAGGCUUGUGGGAGCCUACUGGCUACUACGUUGUUGCACGCAUUGCACCGACUGGCUGCAUUGACGGCCUCUACGUCUUGUUUGACAUGUUCCCCGUGGAAGACGAGUACACGGGCAUACGCUCUCAGAUUACCGGGGAUGAAUGGGGCUACAUGGAGCCUUCGGACGAGCAAUUCACCUGCGCACGCAUCGGAAAUCGCCUGGGCGAAAUGCGCUUCGGCAAGGAGCUUUUGUGGACCGAAAGGGUCCGGCAUCCGGUUGAGCUUGUACGCGUGGUGCGCAUGGGCGACGGCCGGCUGAAGCGCGUUAGCGUUGAUGAAGUAGCCCGUUAG